GUCGCGGCCGCGGGGGGCUCGGGCGCGAGCCGCGCCGCGACGAACGCCGGCGGCGGCCGGCGCUUCGGCUUCGGUGGAGCCGCCGCGGGCGCCCCGUCGCCGUCGCCGCCGCACUCCGGCUGGACGCAUCCAAUAACACCUGCGCGGGGAAGCGGACCGUGAGUACUACUCACGGCGGGACUCGAACCCGCAAUCUUCGCCUUAGGAGGGCGACGCCGUGUCCAUUGGGCCACGCGAGCUUCGAAGGAAGAGACACCGGUCCGCGCCGUCCGGCGACCGCAUGAGCGGCGAGUUGCAGCCCGCGUUCGGGCAGAUGUCCUCGAGCAUCGCGUAGCCCCGGAUCAAAUGCGCGCCGAGCGCCGACGCCCCCGGCACGGGCGGCGGCAGCCGCACCUCGUCAUCAUUUCUCGCGUCCACGACGAAGUCGUCCUCGUCGUCGUCGUCCUCUUCCAUCAUACGCGCGGCGACGCACGCCGGCUGGACGCAGACCUCGCGCCCGUCCGGCGCCCGCAUCAACGGCGAGGGGCAGUCCUUGGCGGGACACUGCUUGCCUAAUAAAACGUAGCCCUUCACGAGGUGUUCCGAGAGCGGCUGUGCGAGGGGGUCCUCGGCCGGCUCGUCCACGAUGAACUUGCGCCAGUCCUCUCCGUCGUCACGCGUUGGCGCCGCGACGGCGUCGUCCUCGUAGGCGUCGCAGGCCACGCAGAACUUCCGUUGAUUCGUAUCGCGCAUGAGCGGCACGCCGACCGUGCAUCUUCCACAAGCCUCGUCCAGCAGCGUCCAGCCGCUCAGCAGCUUCUGGCCGAUGGCCGCCGACGCCGCGUCCCGCGCCUUGGCGUCGCGCGGCUUCCGUUGUGUGAUCACAACAUCCUCGCCGUCGGCCUCGGCGGCUUCGACGGCCCACCCGGGCCGCGCGCGCGGGGAUGACGCCGUCGCCGCGUCCUCCUCUUCGUCGUCACUACGAGCCGCGGCCUCGGCCCACGCGGCGCGCGCCUUUUGGGCUACCUCCGUCGUGGAUGGAGGUGAAGACGGCACGCUCAUCGCGUCGCCCUCCUUCACGACCGCCGCCCCGCAGCGCGCGCACCAGACCUCGCCCUGGCGGCUCCUUACUAAGGGCGUGUUGCAGCCCGCGACGGGGCAGGCGUCGCCGAGCAUCGUCCAGCCCUGGAGCAUGCGCGCGCUCACGUCUUCCAGUGCUUCGGCCUCGGUGCGGCGAGGCAUCCCUUUUUGUCGUGGGGGCGGGCAGCACUCCUUUUUCUUCGUGGUUGGGGCGGCGAGCCCGAGCUUCGUCGUGCAGCUGGGCAUUUUUUAGAGAGCUCUCUGGGCUGAACCGCUUUGUACCGCUCCGCAGGGUUAAAUUUUUUUGCCCGAACACCGGCAGGGGGUCGAGUUGUGCUACUACUCAGCGCGCGUGGGUGUCUCGCGACUGUGCGGCUGUGUUUGAGCGUCGUGAUCGCCCUGCUUUGCAAGAUGUCUCUCGCAGCCGCAUUAUGCGAGGCCACGGACCCAUCCCGCUGCUGGAGCCUUGCUUAGAGGCGAUACUGCGCAAAAAGAAUGCUCGAGCGAAUUUAGCUAGCGGUAAGACACUAGCACCCCCAAAGCCAGCUUUUUCUUUCAGAGGCUUGGAGGCAUCCUUCUCACCGCUUCGCAACGCAAACAACUUGCUCGUGCUUCUCCGAAGUCAGACCGCUGCCGACGCCCGGAAUUUCGACCCACAGGUCGUCCCAAGACUCUCUUUGGACAAAGCAGGCUGCUGACUCGAAACCACAGGACUCGACCACGCAAAAAAAAUGGCCUACGCCCCCCCACAAUUUGACGACGCAUCAGCGAACCUCGUUCCCCAAGAACCGCCGCCGCCCAUCGGCGGCGUCGCGCAGCAGCGGCCGGCGCCGGCGCUCCGACCGCCGCGCCUCGGCGGCCUGGGCACCCUGACCGGCGCCGGCGACGGCUACGCGCGCCUCGACAACGCCGAGUCCGUCCAGGAGGAUCCGGAGUUGCGGGAGCGCCGCGCGAGCGACGUGGCUUUAAGGCGCCAGCAGCAGAACGAGGAAAAGUUCCUGCGGCAGAUGGAGCGCGAGGAGGAGCGCGCGCGGAGCGAGGGGUCGCAGCUCGAGCGUGACGCGGCCCUGGCGGCGAGUUUAGCGGGCGGCGAGGGCGCCGACCCGGCCACGCUCUCGGACGUGCAGCGCGACAUGAUGGUCGCGGCGCGGCUGCAGGCCGAGGAGAACCGUCGGAAUCCUCCGAGAAGUGUGGUGCAGGCGGGCACGCGCCAGGAGACACGUAAAACUGUCAGAGUGCUGGUCCCGCGCCACGCCAAGGCCGGCGACAGCCUGUCCGUGGCCACCCCGACGGCCGGCAAGUUCGCCGUCAAGGUGCCGGCCUGGGCGCGGCCCGAGACGCACUUCGACUGCAUCGUGACGACGAUCGUCGAGGUCCGGCCGCCCGGCCAGGCCGCCGCGCCGUCACAAAGCUACGCGCCGCCGCCGCCUCCUACGACGUCGCCGGGCCCGCUGCCGCCGGGCUGGGAGGAGGGCCGCAACGCCGACGGCACGCCCUACUACGUGGACCACAACACGAAGCGGACGCAGUGGCACCGGCCGACGGGCGCCGCGGCGAACCCGAUCCACUCGCCGCCGGCGCGGGGCCACGCCGCGCCCGCGGGCAUGACGGAGGAGGAGAUGAUGGUCCAGGCGAUCAAGGAGUCGCUCGCCAUGGCUGAAUCUGCUGGCGCUGCGGCGGCGGAGGAGCCGCCGCCGCCACCGCCGGACGCGACGCCCGUGGCCGACCUGCUCUCGCUGGACGCGACGCAGCCCGAGGACGAGGGUGGCGCGGAGAUGACGCUCUGA